AUGUCCUCAAAGAAAUUAACAGCUUCUGAUAAUAUCAUUCAUAAGCCAAGACUCAUAUGUUAUCGGUGUGCCGAAGAGUCCCAACCUUCAUUAUUGGCCGCCUCAAAGUCCGGAUCUGAACCUAAUAAAGUGCGCCUAGUAUGCUCUAAAAGCCAAAUAUCAAAAGAAAGAUGGGUAUAUAGACAAUAUCCAGGGUCUCAAGGCUUAGAUUAUUCAGAAGUUGGAGAUACUCGACCCAAAAAUUCUCCAUAUUCUUACUUAUGUUCCAAAACUAUAACAGAUAUUCUUAAUAUAAUCGAAGUACGAAUUUUGAGUUGUUUUUCACAGCUUCUCGUGAGAGUUAGCGUAAUUUCUGGCGUUUAUCCUUUAUUAAACAUAGUAAAAGAAUCUCUGAGCCAUAUUUUUUGUACUUGUCUUGGUUCGCAGCACUUUAUACUAAUACAAUUUCUUCAAAAGUUCCCUACCCAAAAGCAUCUCCGAAUUAUUGUACUUACUUUUACAAACUUUGGUUAUUAA